AGUACUUGACGUCUUCAUCUACAGAUUGGCAGAGAUUACCACAUCCUCAAAACUUCUCAAAUAUCCACCCAUACUGAUCCUCGCCAGCCGCCUGAUGCACAAUGUCUACUUCCACUCCCACACUGACCGUCUACGACAUCCUGAUGCGCGAGCCCGUACAGGAGAACGCCUGCUCCCCCAACCCAACAAAAACCCGCCAAACCCUAAACUUUAAGUCCAUCCCCUACAAAACAACAUGGGUCGACCUGCCAGACAUUGCCAAAACCCGCAAAUCGCUGAGCAUUCCCGCAGGCCGCAAAUUCGCCGAUGGGAGCGAAUUCUACACCCUCCCUGUACUUGUUGACAGCGCCACAAACUCCAAAAUCGGCGACUCUUUCGAUAUCGCGGUGUACAUGCACGAGACGUAUCCCAGUGCUGGCGGGGACUUGUUUCCUCAGGGUGUAGAGCUGGAUUUCCGGACUAGCAAUACGGCCAUGCUCGUUCCGCUUUCUGAGCUUAGUGAGGUUGCGAGACUGGAAAAGUAUAUCCGCUACGCUGAAUUCAACACGCAUGUUGACGCCGCGUUUACGGCGCACACGAUCCUGAACGUCAUGGGGUUACCGUUCAACCCGGAGACUGCGGAGGCGUCGAAGGCAGAGUUCUGUCGGCGGGUGGGGAUGCCCUCAUUUGAGGCGUUCAAUGUCACUGGUGAGGCGAGACGGGGGAUUAUGGCCUCGUUUGAGGAGACUCUGGGGGAUCUGGCGAGGCUGUUUGUUCGUGAUCAGACGGGACCGUUUAUCUUGGGGGAUAAACCCUGCUAUGCGGAUUUCAUAGUAGGGGGUUGGUUGAGGAUGUUUAGUGUUUGUAUGCCGCAGGAGGAGUGGGAGGAGGUGAGGGGAUGGCAUGGGGGUAUCUUUGGGAAGUUGUUUGAUGGGUUGAGGGGGUUUUAUAAGAUCAAUUAGAGGGUCUUCUUCUCGGGUUAGGGGCAUGAAAGUGUUCGUGUGCGGAUGUGAAUCCUGCUUCCGUCUAUCUGUAAGUAGAACAGUCUUUCUUUACCAUCUAGAUCACUGCUGUUGUCCCCCUAGAGAUCAAUUGAGAACUCGUCAUGCAUACCGGUAUCC